AUGGCCGCGCUGCACACCCUCCUGGCCCUCACCGCGCACGCCCCCACCCCGCCCUCCCACGGGUCCCCGUGGGACGGGCCCACCGCGCGCGCGUGCAACCCCCUCGGCGCGAGCGGCGCGCUGACGGGGGCCUUGGCGCUCGAGCUGGGGCUGGCCAGCGCGGAGGACACGCCUUACCCAAUGCCGCAGUACACGAGCUGCGUGAUGCGGCCGCCCCGCCACUGCGGGCUGUACCACGCGGCGCUGCUCGGCGUGCUGGGCGGCGAGGAGGGCGGCGGCGGCAGCGGCGAGGAGGAAGAGGAGGAGGAGUUGAGUGCAGCAGCGUCGGCAGGAGCAGGGGCAGGGGCGGCGGCAGCAGCUGGAGCAGACGCCGAAGCGGCAGCGGGCACAGCAAAGCCGGCGGGCCGCGCCGGCGGGGCCGCGGCGUGGGCGGCGGCCAAGCGGCUGCACGCGGACGCGCGCCGCCGCCGCCGCGCGGCGGCGUACGCAGCGCGGCAUGUGCCGCCGCGGCCGCGCGGCACCGCGCUGGAUUUUGCGGACUCCGCGAUGCUGUGCUCCGACGGCCAGGCCCAGCCCGAGGCGUACGUGCGGCAGCUGCAGGAGCAGUCUGGCCGCGUGUGCUGGGCGUGCGCCCGCGUGGCGGCGGUCCCCAGGGACGAGUGGUGGUACUGCACCUCUUGCCAGGCCGCGUGGUACUGCAGCGAGGCGUGCUCAGAGGAGCACCGCGGCGUGCACGCGCCGCUGUGCGGCGUGCUGGGCGCCGCGCGCGCGGCGGCGCGGCCGGGGCGGCGGCUGAUGAUGGACGUGCUCGGGGUGGCGCCGGAGGCGGCCGCCGCUCGCGGGCCGGAUGUCUUGCAAGGGUGGGUGGAGCGGGCGGUCAAGGACGCCACGCGCACGGGCGCCAGUGGCGGCGGCGGCGGCGGCAGCGAGGAGGACGGGGGCGGCCGCAACGACGAGGGCGGCGUCAAGCAGGCGGGCGGCGUGGGGAAGGGGGACGGCGGUGGGGUGCUGCUGCGGGGCCCACGCGCGCUGCGCCCGGUGUUGCUGGGGUUGUCGAGCCUGCGCGUCUCGACAAAGUAA